AGUCGGGUCUGCGCCUCUGCCCUCAUUGCGCAGUCACUGUAUGAAAAGUGAAUUUAUCCAUCUGUGGACACGUUCAUCACAUGCUCACAGCCUCCAUCCCUUUAUGGUUUGACAACGAAAAAAAGUUUUCAUGUCAGUCGGUCAAAAUUCAUUGUUGCCUGUCCAGCCAAUCAUAGUUUUUGACGACACAAAAGAGGCUAAAGUUGGAGUAUAAAAAGGUGUGCGCUAAUAAAGUAUGAUGCCUAUCAGUGUGGGACAUUAAUCCAAACCCACUCCAGUCGCGUAUCAGGUCCAGCACACAGCAAGGGAUCUUUUUGUAAACCAAGCCUCACGCCUUAGAGACAAUGCAUCUGUCUCAGAUUGUGCUGUAUCUUAGUUUGCUGAUUGCUUUGGGUCCAGUCGUUUUGAGUGACCAAGAGACGCACCAGCAGCAGCCCUCCGCCACCAGCCCAAUAGAAACGGAGCAGUGUGCUACCUGCGAGGUCCGGCAGCAGAUUAAAACUAUGCGGCUAAACGCGAUCAAAUCUCAGAUUCUGAGCAAACUGCGAAUGAAGGAAGCUCCUAAUAUCAGCCGAGAUAUAGUGAAGCAGCUCCUGCCCAAAGCGCCGCCGCUGCAGCAGCUCCUCGACCAGUACGACGUGCUGGGAGAUGACAACAAGGAUGUGGUUAUGGAGGAGGACGAUGAACAUGCUAUCACGGAGACAAUAAUGAUGAUGGCAACUGAACCCGAGGCCAUCGUCCAAGUGGAUGGGGAACCAAAGUGCUGCCUUUUCUCUUUUACUCAAAAGUUCCAAGCCAGCCGCAUAGUCCGGGCUCAGCUCUGGGUGCAUCUGCGGCAGACGGACGAGGCGACCACUGUGUUCCUGCAAAUCUCCCGCCUGAUGCCGGUCACAGACGGGAACAGGCACAUACGCAUCCGCUCCCUGAAGAUCGACGUGAAUGCAGGGGUCAGCUCUUGGCAAAGUAUAGACGUCAAACAAGUGUUGACUGUGUGGCUGCGGCAGCCGGAGACCAACUGGGGCAUCGAGAUUAACGCCUUCGAUUCGAGGGGAAAUGACUUGGCCGUGACCUCCGCUGAGCCUGGAGAGGAAGGCCUGCAACCGUUCAUGGAGGUGAAGAUCUCAGAGGGCCCCAAGCGUGCCAGGAGAGACUCGGGCCUGGACUGUGACGAGAACUCUCCAGAGUCCCGGUGCUGCCGCUAUCCCCUCACAGUGGACUUUGAAGACUUUGGCUGGGACUGGAUUAUUGCCCCAAAGCGCUACAAGGCCAACUAUUGCUCCGGGGAGUGUGAGUACAUGCACUUGCAGAAGUACCCGCACACCCACCUGGUGAACAAGGCAAAUCCCAGAGGGACCGCUGGCCCCUGCUGUACCCCCACCAAGAUGUCGCCCAUCAACAUGCUCUACUUUAACCGAAAAGAGCAGAUCAUCUAUGGCAAGAUCCCUUCCAUGGUGGUGGACCGUUGUGGAUGCUCUUGAGUUGGGACGGAGAGCCUGGCGAGAGGGAGGGGAGGGCGGAGGGGCUCUGGCUCAGUCCGGCCUCCAGCUUCAGACUUUUUGACACAACCAAUCCACCAGUUCCAGUGCUUUCCCGCAGAACACGGUGCAAUAGAACCAGAGUAGACGCCACAAACAGCCCGACCUUCCCGCAGGGCAGCGCUUUCACAACCGGCAUAGCUCUUACUUUUCUUUCCUCCAGUGAAAUCUUAGCCAUAGAGGCUUGAAGUCAGAUGGAUGCAGGAACACACAUACACACACAUGCUGGACCUUGGAGUGAAUGUAGACAGACACUAUCAAAGUUAUCCAAAAACUUUUUUUCCCUCUGUCUCGGUGUUCUGUGCUCUGUCCAUUUAUACAAACAUGCCGACAAAUUAUACUCGUACGCCAUCCACUCCACUCCACUCCACUCCUAGCCAACAUACAAGCUACUACACUUUUUGCUAAGCUAUAUGUUUGUGAUAAUCAUUUGUCAAGUUGUGUUUUCAGAGUGAAACCGGGAAUCCUCAUGGACUUUUUGAAAGGGCUUGGAAAAACACAAAUGGAGACUCUUUAGAGUGAUAUUUCACGCUGGUAGAAUAUGUUUUAGUACACAGGCUCAUGAGAAUCGAUGAAAAGAUGAAAAGUGGCUGCGCGGCAAACCCUUAGUCACCCCCACGUUAUUACAGCCACUUAUAAAACCCAGCCAUAAAUUACAACGUUGCACAGAUCAUUAGCUCUCCUCUACUGGAUCAAACUUUGAGUUGCAAUUUAGUUUCUUGAUCAACCAUACUGAGAACGUAUGAAGGAAAAGUGUAGACGGUGACAUGCUGGUUGAUCCUGUGGACACAAACAUGUUCCACCAGGGUGAAGUACCACUUUAGGUCUUGACAGGUCUUCAUGUACUCCAUACAUACACGCAGCAGCACACCUGACAGAGGAGCGUUCCUGCUCAGUCAUAAUCUUCACUAUCCAACAGAACAGCCUGACCUGCCCGAUACACUUGAAUUAUUCUCAUUGUUAAUUCACAUUACUGGACAGAAGGACUUGAACUGAAGGCACAAUGAAUGCAGCCUACAGAUGAAAAAAAAAUGUGUUUAAGACAGAGAAAAAUGGAUUGUCGAAAUGUAUGAAUGUUGAGAUCAUGCUUAAACUCUGUCUUACAAACAACACAGUUUGCACUAUGGCACACCAAUAGAAAGAAUUGGUUGCUACAAAAGUUGAAAAAACUGAUUUUGAUAUGUUUGCUAAUUUGUAUUGUAUACAUAUGCCAUUGUUUCCAUUAGGAGUUGCCUUUCUAAACCACUGUUGGUAAAUGUAUAAAACCACAAUCUAGCAAGAUAAAAAGAUGUAAUACAGCAACUCUAUAUACUUGUUUUAACAAAUAAAGUUUCUAGCUUGUUUGUUGA